AUGGGAAUUUAUACCACAUUACAUAAAGUUAUAUCAUCCUUAGGAGGACUACUUUUAAUACUUUAUCAAUUAUCGAAAAUUAAUCAAAAUGAUAUGAUAUUAACAAAUUUGAAGAAAUAUAUGUUAGACACUCCAUAUGUCGAAUUUUCAAAUUUUAUUUUGUUAAGUUUUUCAUAUUUAUUAUUAAAUAUAUUUGGUUCAACAAAAAAUAAAAUAGCAACUAAUUUAAAAGGCCUUUUAGGAUGUUUUUUAUCUACUUAUGCCUUUAUGCUUUUUAUGCAACAACUUUAUAUUUGUUAUGGAUAUUACGUAUCAGAAAUACCAAUAACAAAGGAAAAUCUUUAUCUUUGUAUUUAUUUGGUGGUUUAUUUUGUUGCAAUGUGUGCUGAAUCAUGUUCUAAUAUGUCAAGUAAAAAAAAGUAUCUUAUGGGUACUGGAAAAACGAUAAAUGUAGAAGUAUAG